CUGCUGAGCCGAGUAACCUCGUUAACACAGAGACCCUCAAGAGAGUGGGUCUGGAAAAGUCUGACUUCCGUAACUAGGAGUGAAAUUAAACCUAAAUUGGUAUAUUAAACUCUUACCAAAUCGUUUUAAAAGUGUAUCAAUAUUGUAAACGAAGGUUUUAAAUUUACUCAAUUCCAAAGAAAAAGGCCUACACGUCAAUUCCGGAUUAGCGAUUAUUUGCUUGCCCGUGUUUUAGGGACAUUGGAAAUGCGCUUCAAUGGCGCUUGGCCAGAUGGAUUUGCAAAAUCGCAAAUUUGACGACGAAAGUUCGUAUAGGUAGCCUAUUCCCAGGGGCCGCAAAGACUGGCAUUGCUGGCAUCGGCUCCGUCGUGUAAGUUAGUUUUCUAUUUUUAACCUCCAGGUACACUUUGCAUGUCGCGGCAGACCUGUUUGCUGUCUGGCCACAUUUUUGCACAUGGCAACAUGGUUGAUAUGGCGCCACACCAUCAACAAGAUUGUAGGCUAUCCAAUAUCGACACAUAGGGACUUGCCCAGUGAAACAUUAAACCCUUAGCCUUACGUUUCGAAAACGGAUGAAUGGAAACCGAAAGCAGUCAUGCACUAGGCUGCUGUAUACUAUCAGUUCAGCGCAGACUACAGUAAGAGUAGCCGAUUCACCCACAGUAGCCUAUGAAUAUUUUGAUUACAAGGACAUACAAUGACUGUUGAUACGGAUGACAACAACCUCAUCUUGCUGAUAAACGAAUGUUUUCGCAACACAUUGCGGCGGCUUAUCCGCAUCGUGCCUGUUUUAGAUCACAUUACUUUCUUGGAGAGGGAACAAAAAGAACGGAUCAUCAACAAGGCAAGAAAUGACUGCAAUCAAACUGCAGUCGAUCUCCUUAUUGACACCAUCGUGGCAGGUCCCCGUCAGCCUGGAUGGUCGCGGGAGUUCGUGGAUGCACUCUUAUUCGCGGGGUGCACGUACGCGGCUCAAAUAGUGGGUAUGGAGAAGUUGCCCAGUCCGUCGCUGGAGGCGGAGAACGACUGCUGUGUCAAGCUGAUCGAAAUUAUGGGCCCGAGUUUGCUGGCGAUGAAGACGACAGAUGUGUGUGAGACCUGUUACCAGAGCAACCUCAUCACGGAACUGGACAGGCAGAACAUCUUAGCCGAGACAACCAAUAACGGACCCAUGGCUGGCGCUCGCCUUCUGCUCCACAGAAUCGUCCUGCGGCCUCCGGGGUGGUUCUCUGACUUCCUCGAGGUGCUGAACAAGACGGAGCAUGCUGAUUUGGUCGCGGAACUCACCGGAACCAAGCCCGUCGCUCCUGAUGUCUGCGUAGCUCCAAAGGUCUGCCUCACGCUGCGUCCGUACCAGCUGACCGUGGCCCAGCCUGCCCUGCAGGGUGCCAACAGCAUCGUGUGCCUGCCCACGGGCAGUGGCAAGACCUGCGUGGCCGUCUACGUGGCCAAAGAGCACCUGGACCGGCGCCGCCAGCAGGGGGCGCCAGGGAAAACCGUGGUCAUCGUCAACAAGGUGGUGCUGGUGGAGCAGCAUUUCAUCGAGUUUGGCAAGUACCUGAAGGAAAACUAUCGUCUGGAACAGGUCAGCGGAGACUCGCCCAACAGACAGGCCUUCGCCAACACCCUAACAGGACAUGAUAUCAUCAUUUGCACCGCUCAGAUCCUGCUGAACGCCCUGCUCGACACAGAGGAUGGAAUCAGCCUCUCUGACAUCACUCUGCUGGUAGUGGACGAGUGCCACCACACUCAUAAAGGGGACGUGUACCAGCAGAUCAUGGUGCACUACCUGGGCCACAAGAUGGCCAACAUGAAGAGGAAGAAGAUGGGCAAAGAUGUGAUGCUCCUCCCCCAGAUCCUGGGAUUGACAGCUUCUCCUGGAGUGGGAAAGGCCAAGAAUAGGGAGAAAGCACAGAAGCACAUUAUCAAAAUCUGUGCUAACCUGGAUGCAUCCGUCCUUAUGACUGCUCCUCUGGGGGAACACAGCCAGGACAGACAGAAGGACAUUAUCAUGGCCGAGAGACGCACACAGGAUCCUUUUGGUGAUGUCAUCCGGCACGUGAUGCAGAGCAUUCAGGAGCAUGCCCAGUUGAAGCCCAGCGUGGAGACCGGCACGCAGCGCUACGAGCAGUGGGUCGUGGAGGAGGAGAAGCACGCCGCCAAGGAUGGGAACCAGCGGAGGCGUGCGUGCGCGGAAUACCUCCGUCAGUACAACGAGGCGCUGAUUCUAAGCAACACCAUCCGCAUGUGCGACGCAUACCACCUGCUAUCCUCCUUCUACCACCAGGAGCGCAGGAAGAAGGAGGGCAUCGCCCAGACAGACACCGACAACUUCCUCUUCAAACUCUUCGAUGACAGUCAGAGGAGGUUGGAAGAUUUCUCGAAACAGCCGGAGUAUGAGAACAACGUUCUGUCUGAGCUGCGCACUGUCAUCCUGAAGAAGUUCUCUGGGCCGGACGAGGAGGUACGCGGGAUUAUCUUCACAGAGACACGUCUCAGCGCCCAGGCCCUGCACAGCUGGAUCCAGGAGAACAGCAAGUUUGCGGACAUGGAGGUGCGGUCCAGUUACCUGAUUGGUGCAGGAGACCAGAGCGCCGUCAAGCCAAUGACUGCCAGUGAGCAGAGGGACGCCAUCAGGAAGUUUAACAGUGGAGAGGUCAACCUGCUCAUCGCCACCACAGUGGCAGAGGAGGGCCUGGACAUCCAGAAGUGCAACAUCGUCAUCAGAUACUGUCUGGUCACCAGUGAGAUUGCCAUGAUUCAGGCGAGAGGGCGUGGGCGGGCCGAUGGCAGCAGCUACAUUGUGAUUGGUGUCGAGGGCUCAGGGGUGGCGGAGCGCGAGCGACUCAACGAGUGGAAAGAGAACCUGAUGCAAAGGGCCAUCCAGGGCGUCCAGCAGAUGGAUGAAGCAACAUAUAAAGACAAGGUGAUGGGUGAUCAGCUUGAAGCGUUGAUGGAGAAGAAGCUUCGUCAGAGGAAGAGUGACGAGAGAGUGAGGAGGCUAUUGCCCCCCUCGGCUGUCAAGUUCCGUUGCCGCGGUUGCGAGGUGGUGGCGUGUGAGGGCACGGACAUUGAGGUCAUCGAGGACGCACAUCAUGUCAACCUCACCGAGGACUUUCGGUCCAAAUUUAACAUCAACGCCAACUCAUCUUAUGGAGAUGGAGAGAUGACAGCACACUGCGAGGCUGAGAAGUACAUGUCGUGCAAGAAAUGUGGAGAGUUCUGGGGUCCAGAGAUGUGCCACAGGCUCCUGGAGUGCCCCUGCCUGAGCAUCCGCGGCUUCGUGGUGAUGCAGGGUGACCGGCGGGAGACGCUGGAGUCCUGGACAGACCUGCCCGUCCAGUUCCCAGAGUUCAACUACUGCGCCCAUGCGUCAGAGUUCGUGGGUGAUGAGACAGAGGACAUCUGAGUGCCUGUGUGUGUGUGUGUGUAGCAAUCUUAGAUGAGAUGUGCAAUCAAUAUUUAUACACUUUGCAAAGCUGUGUGAGGUCACAUUCAUCUUAGAGCGCAGUUUCAGUUUUUCACUUCUUCUGUGGCCUCUGCAGCUCAAUUUCUAUUAUAGCAAAGUAAAGAAGGAAUGUAUCUCUGUUUUAAAUAUGGUGUUUGGUACAUCUGAUACACCAGUAUCACAAUAAAUGUGUGCCUGGUUGAGGGCAGUGUCUGUGUAUCUGUGUGUGCCUGUGUGUGUGUGUGUGUGUGUGUGUGUGUGUGUGUGUGUGUGUGUGU